AAUGCUUUGAAAUGUGUCAGUUUUUUAUGAGACCCAAUGGGAAUUGGAAUAAGUGUAAUCCAGCCUACAGUAAACCAAUGGCGCGACCAAUGCUUGCAGCGUCCUUUUAUUGCCGCAGUUUGACAGCAAAAUUGUCAGAUUUGUCUUUGUUGCCCAGAAAUGGAUUGUUUCACUGCCGCUAUUUCACUGAUCAGCCCAGUGAUGCACCCAGAAGGCCAAAACGGCCUGCCAACGCAUAUUUCCUUUUCAAGAAAAAGAUGACACCAGAAGUGAUGAAACAAUAUCCAGAGGCAUCAAUGAUAGACGCAACUAGGAAAGUUGGUGAAUUAUACAAGCAGUUACCUGAAGAAGAAAAACUGGAAUUAAAGAAAGAAGCAGACAAACUGUUAGAUGACUAUAAGCAGCAAGUGAAGUAUUGGGAAAUCGAUAUGGGUUCUAAUGAGCUUGAAGAGUUUAAACAAGACAUAAAGAAUAAAAGAGACAUCAAGAAAAAGAAGAUACAGAAACAAACAUUGAAGAAGGUGAAUAACUUCAAAAUGAAAACAAUCUUGAAAGAAAAUGACAAGCCACAACGUCCCCCGACGCCAUACUUCCUUUUCCUCAGGGAUGCUAGAGAGAUGGCACUCAGGUCAGGCAAGAAACCAGAAACAACAGCUUUGAGUAGAGAGAUUAUUGCUGAGUACGCCCAGAAGUGGAAGCAAUUGUCUGAGGAGGAAAAACAGCACUAUGUGAAGCUCUCCGCCAAGCAGUAUGAGGACUUUCAAGAGAAGUUGUCGGUCUGGGAGAAGGGCAUGAUAGAGGCUGGCAAGGAGUCCCUAGUGAGGAAGAAGACCCGCCAGGAAAUGAAAAUAGACACUACACAGGAAGGGCAGGUCAAAGCCAAGGCAAAGAGUACCAGCUCAAAAGGCAAGGUCAAAGUGGAAACUACUGGCACUAAAGGCAUAGCCAACGUGGGCAGUACCAGAACUAAAAGCAAGACCAAAGUGGAAAGUACCAAAACGAAAGGCAAGGACAAAUGGGAAAGUUCUGAUGAUGAGUAGAAAUCCUCAAGUGCAUUUGUGGGGCUGGGCCUGGAAUUGUUAACAAGACUUCAGACAAAAUUGUACUACCUGGUAGUACACGUGACAUGCAUGAAACAAAACUGCCAAUGUGUUCCUAGGUAUAGUGAAUUUAUACGAUGCAUUAAAUAAUGUACACUGUUUGUGUGUUUAUGGUGUGGAAUGUGAUCUUGCUUGUUUGCCUUUACAGGUUAUACAGUUUGCCAUAUGUUAUUAAAUGAAGGCUACCAGUAUGUUUCCAAGAACGUAA